UUCAAUAUGUCCUCUCAUUUUUUUCAAUCACCCAAUACAAUACUUCUACCUAACUUUUCUACCAAUUACAAUAGUAUAAAAUAUCAUAUAUCUAUAUUUUAAAAUUACUGAAUAAUCACCCUCGAGCCUAGUUUGGUGGAGGGAAGUGAAAUAUAAUUUAUCCAAAACAGUAAAUUGAAAUGUAUAAAAGACUCCUACCCACAAAGUACUCCCUCUCAUUCACAACUCUCCCCCUCUCUGUCUCUCUCUCUCUCCAUUUGGUAGGAUCCCUAGAAAAAACACCACCCCAUCUAUGCAAACUUCCCAUAUAUAAAACUCAUUUACAAAUCCCUCUCCAAUGUCUUCCAACACCAACAAGCGAAGCCUCAUCAGAACCAUUUUCACAGCCAAUGGAGGCUGUGGAUGCAACAAGCCAAAGCUCUCAGACAUAUUCCAACCGAAGCCAAAGUCCAAAAUUCCCAAUCACCAAAACCCAAAUCCCACUACCUAUCACCACUCUUCUUCAAGUUCCGAUUACACUUGUUCAACAACAUUCUCUCUUAACAACAUUGGCACAUCUUCCCCACACUGCUCUUCUUCUGAACCCGAAAAAAACCCACCACCACCACCACACUUGUGUUCCAAGAUGGUCAGCCCUUGUUCCAAGAUCUCCGACAGCGUCGCCGUCGUCAAAGAAUCCGACGACCCUUAUUUGGAUUUCAAGAAUUCAAUGCUUCAGAUGAUAUCAGAGCGAGAGAUCUACUCGAAAGCCGAUCUGGAAGAGCUUCUCAGCUGUUUUUUACAGCUGAAUUCGCCGACCCAUCACGAGAUCAUCGUUCGAGUUUUCACGGAGAUCUGGAAUGGGAUCGGCCAGACUCAGACUCAAAUUGAGAGUAACUCUCUAUAACUAACUCCUCCACACGAGAGUCACAUGAAAGCUAGCUGUGUGGCACGUGUGGGGUGGCCAUGUGAUGACUUUGAAUUCGCACGUGGGAACAUGCAUGCUAUGGCAAGGUAGUUAGUUCUAAGAGUGCAUGCAUUUCAUUAUUAUUUUUAUUUUUUUUAUUUUUUUGGUAUCAAAAUGUGGUGGCAAAGGCAAGUAUUGAAGGUUUAUGCGGUGGGGAAAGAGAGAAGUUGGUUUUUGAAUGCACGCAUUAAUGGUGAUACAGAGAGGCAAGGUUUUUGAAAAAUGAGCAUUAAUUAAUGACACCACUAAUGAUGUGAUAAUGGGUAUCCACUGUGACAGUGCUGUUGUGUCUAUUUUGUUUAAAAAAAGUGAAUGGCACAUCACUAGUAGUUAUUUAGAGCACCAUUUUUAGUGGUCUCUAUCAUUGUCCUUUUUAUUUUUACAAUUGUAUGAGAUAAAUAAAAGAAAAUAGAAAGAAAAAACUACAUUAUCCCA